AUGACAGCUUGGCAUUCAAACUCAAGUCAAAGAUGGAACUAUUGCAUUAGCAAGAGCAACUCUGAAACAGGUUUCAAAGAUGGACAAGAGCUAGAUCAUGAAGAUCUUAAUUUGGUUACAGUUAACAACGUUGGAAAGCGAGUAAGAAGAGGGCCUACUACUUUGAAGGAGUUGUACUCCUUACCUCCUAAUGAGAAAAUUUUGGUGAGCAGCAACGAACUCGGCCAACCAAUUGGCCCUGAGGAUCAAUUACUAUCUGGGUUUUUAGGGAUGCUUGCUCGAUGUGGUCAGCGGGUUGGCCUUCAUUAUGAAAAUUGGUGUAAAGUGCCAAAGACGUUGAAGGAGGAACUACUAAAGUUUGUGGAGUUACGAUUCAUUCUCAAAAGUUCAAGGGAGUUUGUACUGAAAUCUCUGGGGAAAAAGUGGCGUGAUUACAAGCACGACUUGAAGAAACACUACUUUAAAAGAGAGAUUGGACCACAAGCAAACAAAGACAACCACCCUGACGGGACAGUUCGUUGGCAGUGGGAGGAGUUGGUGGACUUUUGGUAUUCAAGGAAAGGGGAGGAGGCUGAAAAAAUUGGUCUCGCAUGUAGAAAGCAACAAAAAUACACACAUACGUCGGGAUCAAAGAGUUUUGCAAGGAAGAAAAAAGAAAUGGAGCUUCUAAAAGGGGAAAAAGUUGGACAUUUUGAAUUUUUCAAAGCGACACACAUAAAGAAAAAUGGAUCCCACGUGAAUGUAGAAACUGAGAAAAUCUUGGAACAAGCAAAUGAAUUGUUAGGUGAAUAUGAAGGCACAAACGACGAUGCAUAG